UUCUCUACUUCUCUACUUCUCUACUUUAACCUCAAAUGUCCCUACAAAUAUCAAAUCCACCAAUCAAAAUUCGACACCCUUUAUUCUCUAUUUCUCUAUCUCUUUUCAUUAUAUGCCUUGUUCUUGUCCCAUAGAUCUUGAUCCCACCGGCCAUACCAAUCACUGUUAUUCCUCUUCUCUUCCUCCACAAAAACAAGAACCAAUUUUCCUUUCCUUUUCUUUCCUUUUUCUCUUUUCCUUUUUAUAUUCAAAAAUCUUCAGUUUCCUUAAUUUUCUUCUUUAAUAUCGUUCUCAGAAAUCUCAUAUUGUUAUAUGUAAGGUUCAAUCCAGUUCUUAGUCUCUCUUCUUUUUUCUCUUCUAGCGAUCUGUGUAGCUUUGGAUCUAAUUUGUGUUGAAUUCUUCAAAUUCACUGCAUUUCCUCAACUGGCUUCCUUUGGGUUUCCGAUUUUCUUCAACUUCUAUGUGUUUUAUUUUUUAACUGUUUCGAAAUUGGGCUGAUGAAACGAGGAAUUGGGAUUCUCUCUCCAGCGACCUACCUACGAAAUUCCGGCUGCUCCAAGUGGACGCCGGAGGAGAACAAACGGUUCGAAAAUGCUUUGGCUUUGUUUGAUAUAGAUACGCCGGACCGGUGGGUGAAAGUCGCCGCCAUGAUUCCCGGAAAAACCGUCUGCGAUGUGGUGAAACAGUACAGAGAGUUGGUGGAGGACGUGAGUGAUAUUGAAGCAGGGCUUGUUCCGGUUCCGGGGUAUGGCGUUGGGAACUCUUUUGUGUUGGAGUGGUCGAGUGAUGGCGGAGGGUUUGCACCGAUGUAUAUCGGCGCCGGGAAGAGAGGCGGUUGCGGUCGGCCUUCCGAUCAGGAGAGGAAGAAGGGAGUGCCUUGGACUGAGGAAGAGCACAGGCAAUUCUUGAUGGGGUUGAAGAAGUAUGGUAAAGGAGAUUGGCGAAACAUCUCUCGUAGCUUUGUCACGACAAGGACUCCAACGCAAGUGGCUAGUCAUGCUCAGAAGUACUUCAUUAGACAACUUACGGGAGGAAAAGACAAAAGAAGAUCAAGCAUCCACGAUAUCACGACUACCCAUCUUUUCGAUAACUCAAUUAAUCAACCGGGCAACCAUGAUAAAACCUCCCCACCUUCUUACGUCGGAGUUAAAAUGGCUCCACUUUGUGGGAUAUCUUCACUUCGACCCAAACUACUGCAAGACCAAAUCUUUCUUAGAAGCAAUAACUUUCAUGGCUGCCAAAAUGUUAAUCCUUACAGCCCCAAUAUUGUUUUUCAAGGGCAAAGGGAUCAACAAUAUCAGUGAGCUUUACUGUAUGGGUUAGAACUUUGGUAAAUAAAUGAGUGUGAAGUUGGAAUGUGAAUGUGUGGGAUUAAUGAACUAAUUGAACCUCUUUUUUUUUCUUUUUUUUUUUUUGUUAAAUAUAUAUAAAGAAGUACUUAGUUGUGUAAAAUUACUUUUCUUUUUUUAGUGGAAAUCUCAAGGUGGCAAGAGCUAUUGGGAAUUCAAACAUUCCAAUUCCAUAAAGAAAGUGCCCCACAAAACCUUUGAAAGAGGGGGAAAAGAUUAUUGUAAAUACUAUUAUUAUUUUUCUUUUUUAAACCUUGUUAUUAUUCCAUUGGAAAUGAGAGAUUUAUGUGUA